GCUUACUGCAUAUACCCAGCAAUACAUCAGUAUACUUCAAAUCACUGUGAACACUAAAAAUGUUGAUACCUUCUACUAAAUGAUCACUUCUUGUUUUAUUUAAUUGAUGUUUAAAAUGAUGUCAUAAGAAUUUCGUUAAUAUUUUCAUAUAUGUAUAUACAUACUGUCAUUUACGUUCAAAUAAGGAUAUAUUUACAAAUGGAAUCCAAUUAUACUGCUGGUAUAGGAAAAUUAGUGAUAAAAAUCUAUGCAAGUUUGUUAUUAUUAUUCGGUAUACCUGGCAAUAUAAUCAGUGCAAUUAUAAUGGGUGGAGAUAGUACAAAUCGUUUGACUACACGUUUAAUAAUUAUCAUUCUAGCUAUCGCUGAUAAUUUUGUACUAUUGACAGCUGUAUUACGUUAUUGGUUAAUGGAAAUUUAUGGAUGGGAUUUGCGUACAAGUGGUCCCUAUGUUUGUAAAAUUCAUAUUUUUGCUGUAGGAUUUUCAACAGAUUUCGCUGUCGGUGUUCUAUGUGCUAUUGCAGUUGAACGCCUACUUGUUGUUACCCUACCACAUAGAGCAACUGAUUUGGUUACAGUGAGAUCUGUUAUUGUAGGAAUGACAUGCUUUGCAAUGAGUAUAAUUGUUAAGAAUUCAUUACACUUCUGGAUGAUAGGUGAAAAUAAAUCACCACAACCUUUUGUGAAUAAAGAUAACACUACUACAACAAAUCAAUUCCUAAAUGAAACAGAUACUCAAAAUUCUUUAAGGAAUGAUUCAUUUAAAUGUGCAUUUGUUUCAGAUUAUGAAGCACUGUUUAAGAUUUUCAUGAAAUUUGACUUUAUUAGCUUUGCUGUCCUUCCAUAUUUGAUAUUAUUUUCAUGUAAUGUAAUUAUCUAUUUAAAAUUACGUAAACAACGUCGUGUAAUGCGUUGUCAUGCAAACACUGUAUCAUCAGCAAAUUAUAAUAACAAUAUAAUUGAGAACAAUAAUUCUAAAAUACCAAAUCAAAGUACUGAACAACAUAAACUAAACAGAAUUUCCUUCGUUCAUACAAAUUCAACACAUCAGUCUGAUGUAAAAGAUGUUCGACCUAAACGUUCCACAAGAAGACCAGAAGGUGUUAUCAAGAUGUUAACAGUUUUAACUGUCAUUCAUGUGAUAUGUACAUUACCAGGCACAAUAUUUACUUUUCUUUCAUCCUAUUUCAAUUAUUUUGAUGAUAUGCCAAAAUAUAAACAUGAUCAGAUUAAAUUUCGUUUAGUAAUGUUAAUAUUUACAAACAAUGCUAUUAACUUUUUUGGUUAUUGUAUAUCUUGUACAACAUUCCGUCAGACAGUUUAUCGUACAUUAUGUCGUUUAUUUCGAUGGACUAAUAUUUGUCAGAAAAUAAGAGAAGAAAAUGGAACAAAUACUAGAAAUAAUAUUAAACAAAAGACAAUUGUAGAUGAAGGUAUCAGUACGUAUGAUGCUGAGAAAAGGCAACGUGAAUAUUUAAAGUGUAACAAUUUUGUUGAGAAUGAAGCAUAAUUUAACUAAUAUCAUUCAGUUUGCAUUCUCACACUGACAGACCUAAUGGGGGUGAAAAAAAUAUGCUUCAGUAAUUCUUCGAAAUCACUUGAAGAUUUUCAUAUUAAAAAGAUGUGACCAUAUAGAUACAAGGCUGUCGAAUAAUGAAGCUUUCAUCAAAUCAAUGGAAAAGAAAUGAAGCUAUGAAAGUUAUUCAAUUUCUGUACGCCAGAGUGAUAAUUUCUAAGUGUUAUUUUGUUGAUAAUUGUCUACUUCAGAAUCUCGGUCAAUAAACAAACUCUUGUCUGUGCUAAUGCAAUAAACCCGGUUGUGUUGAGUAUUUUAUUUCGAAGGCCAAAUUUUAUUUGAAAAGAAAAUACAAGUAUUUAUCGAGAAUCAUCUCUUUAGUUAUAAAGCUGCAGUAAGUUAUUUUAACACAG